AUGGCAGAUACAGCAGUAGCUUCCGAAACUCCCGCUCCGGCGACUCCGGCGAAAAAACCGAAGGCCGCCGCUACUGCAGCAGGUGGUGCAAAGAAGCCCAAGGCGAAACCCACUCAUCCGAAGACUUCCGAAAUGACAAAGGGCAAGGGGGCUUCCGGUUCCUUUAAGCUUGAAUCAAAAUCGUCCGCCUCUAAGAAACCGUCGACGGGUAAGAGCAGCGGUGGCGCAAAGAGCGGCGCGUCCGCCGCUAGCUCGGUGUCGGCGAAGGUGAAGAAGAGCACCGCCGCGGGUAAGGGUAAAAAGGCAGCAUCGGCAGCGACCGCAUCAUCACCGUCUAAGGCAAAACCGUCUGCAGCUACCAAGGACAAGAAGGCGGCCGCCGCGAAAAAGAAGCCGGCAGCCGCAAGAAAAUCCGCAACCGCUGGCCAAAGCGGCGUUUCUAAGGCGAAAGGCGCCGCUUCGAAGGCGAAAAAGAGCGCCAAACCACCGACAAAGAAACCUAAGGCUCCAAAACCGAAGAAGGCGGCAACACCCAAAUCGAAGCCUUCCGCGGCGGCAUCGAAGAAGGCAGCCGCUUCUAAAAAGUAA